AUGCUCGAGUAUGAGUGCAGAUACAUUAUGAUUGAGCGUCUCUAUUUGGCACUGGUUUGGGCCACCAGAAGGUUGAGACACUAUGUGACCAAGUAUUCCAUAUUAUUAGUCUCACGAUUAGAUCCUUUGAGAUAUCUGUUCGACAGGCCUGUUUUGACUGGUAGGCUCAUGAGAUGGUUAUUGCUACUGACAGAGUUUGAUAUUCAACCGAUUGACAAUGAUUUCCCUGAUGAGCAGUUUGUCUCAAUGACUAGUAUUGUAGGAUGGCAGUUGUACUUUGAUUGUGCCGCCAAUCAGUCAAGGUUUGGUAUUGGCAUCCUAUUGAUAUCACCUCAGGGUGAUCAUAUUCCCAAAUCAGUUCGAUUGACAUUCUCUGAUCAUCAUCGGCUGACGAAUAAUGUUGUUGAGUACGAGACAUGCAUUACAAGUCUAGAGACUGCACUCGAUCUUGGAGUUAGACGGUUGGAAAUCCACGGGGAUUCCAACUUGGUUAUUCAGCAGACUCAGGGUAUCUGGAGGACUCGGGAUGAGAAGUUGAAACCUUAUCAUGCUUAUUUGGAUUUGUUGGUCGAUAGGUUUGAGUUAUACAUUUUCCCAGGGCAGAAAAUCAGUUUGCUGAUGCGCUAG